CAAAAUAGGGCAGAAAUUGAAAUUGUCAAAAUCAAAAAACUCCUCACAGAUUAGAGAAGUAUAUAUUCAUUCUACGGUAUGCAAUUUCAUUGAAAUUUUACAGUCAAACAAGAUAUAGAUGAAUAUUAAAAUAAUGCAGCAAACACUUAACAUAUUAUUCUAAUAGCCAGCCAAAGCGGAAAAACGGAAGCAAUUAACCAUAUCGAAACCGCAAUGCUCUCUGUUACUAGGAACUAGAAGAUAAUUCACUUCCCUUUCCUUAUAUGAACACUUUUGGGAAAUAAACCGGCGAUAGACAUUCACCGAAAUGGAACCAGAUAAGAGCGACACUUCCAUUCAGCCGAGUCCGAAAAAGAGACGCACAAAGGAAGAGCUAGAACCGGAACAGAUGGAGAACAAUAUGAUGCCCAGUCUUUUUGCCGAAUGCCAUCCUAUUACCAAUUUAGAAGAUAUCGAGGGUGUGAUAGAAGAACCACCUAGGUGGGUGAAGAGAGUCCAACCUCUCGCACCAAGAGCUCCGACUGUAGUGCAAAACAUCCUCUCGGACUGCCACAGCGAUUGUGAUCAUUAUUUACCAAGAAACAGAUUCGACGCUAGAAUGGUUCCAAAAACCCUAGUGUGUCACGAUUAUAAAGGUGGAUACCAAGCCGAUAAGUACUUGCAUUAUCCCGAUGAAAACAUUUUGGGAAAUGGGUAUCCUUUUUACAACUGGGCGCAGAUUGAUAUUUUUGUGUAUUUUAGCCAUCAUCUUAUUACUAUUCCUCCGUUGUGUUGGAUAAAUGUCGGACACAGAAAUGGCGUAAAGGUUCUAGGGACCCUAAUUACUGAAUUUGACCAAGGUGCUAAAAUAUGCGACAAAAUAUUCAAAAACGUCCAAACGAUGCAACAAUUUGCUAACUCCCUGGUGAAGCUCUCAAGCAUUUUUGGGUUUGAUGGAUGGCUUUUAAAUAUAGAAAACAGUAUUACAAAUGUUGAUGUUUUGAAGAAGUUUGUGGUUUACCUUUCCGACCGGGUCCAAUCUGACAAUCCUAAUAAUUUAGUGAUUUGGUACGACAGCGUUACGGUAGAGGGAGCUCUUGACUGGCAAAAUAAACUUAGCCCAAAAAACAGUUUUUUCUUUGACGCUUGUGACGGGAUAUUCUUAAAUUACACUUGGAGCGAAAAGCACCUCCUGGAAACCGUAGAGGCGGCGAAACAUCGAAACCUGGAUGUUUUCGUAGGAAUAGACAUAUUUGGUAGAAAUAUGUUUGGCGGAGGGAAAUUUUCUACUUAUAAGGCAGCAGAAGUGGUGACUCGUUACAAUCUUUCAAUAGCAAUAUUCGCACCUGGUUGGACACAUGAGACGCUAGAAAGAAACGAUAUAUUUUUCGAACAGUUCUUAAACAGGGAUUCCGCCUUUUGGUGCAGUUUGUGGCCUUACUUUUACACCCAUCCUAUAAAUAACUACUUCACUACAAAUUUUUACAUCGGUUUGGACAAGGCUUGUUACAACAUGUUCAACCAACAACAACAAUUGUCGAAGUUCCUCCACCCCAAAAAUCUCCCCUCCAUCGAGACAUACCAAACCAUCACCACUUUAAGCAACAAGUGCAAUUGCAUCCAAGCCGUGACGCUAGGCUCUAGAAACACGUGCUUGCUUACAAAAAAAGACCUGAGAAAGAACGUGGACUAUGUGCAUCAUCUGUUCGUCUGUGAUUUAAAGAUCGCCGAUAACUCUGUGGUGUUCCACCUCACGAAAAACGUCGAUAAAGAAGCGAAGUUAUCGGUGACUAUUUUAACGUGCGGCUUGAAUAAUAAAUUUAGGAAAAUUAAAUUACUGGCGGAUUACAAGUAUGAGCCUGUGAAUAACGCAUCGUUGUUGGAAGUGAACCCGUCGGAAGCGAACGAUGUGUACGACAGUGUCAGGCGGAGAUAUUUGAAGAUGGUCGAAGAGGAAGAAUGGACACUCAGGGUUUACAUAUUUAAUACAGGACCAUGCAAUAUUUUGGAAAUAGGAGCGACGAUCGAAGGCGGUGAUAGUAUUUAUUUUGGUGCUUUUGGAAUUCAAAAUGCUGAUGGCGAUUUUCUUAAAAAAAAAUAAUUUAUUUCUAACUACAAAGUGUUCCUACCUCUAAAUUAUAAUUCAGAUAUACUUCGUGUCGAUAUUAAUGCAUUUCUAAAAACGGGCCUCGAUUUCAAAGUUUAUGUGAACAUUUUUAAUUUUCACCACCACUUUCUCGAAUUAUGGAUUUACUUCUCAGUAACAACACUAAUAAAAAAUAAUAUUAAAAUUUCAGUUUUUAGCGUAAGAGAAAAUAAGUACAGUAUAGUGUAAAUCAAAAAACAAAUAUUCAGAAAAGAUGAGACUACUAGACAUUCGCUUAUGCUUUGCAUUUUUCUGGAAAACUUCAGGGUGUUGCAAAUUACGAGGAAAAAAACCUUUUCCCUUUGGCACCUUGUAUAUGCUAAAAACUGAAAUUUGUAUAAACAUUUUUACGUUUGCUCUGUUACUGAAAAAUAACCCUAAAUAAUUAAAAAAAAAAUUGUUAAAAUCAGAUCAGCCGUUUAUCAGAAAAUCAACUUCGAAUUGAGUCCCAUUUUUAACAGUGCGUUAAUUUGGACUCAAAGUUUACAUAUUUAUAUAUAUAUUUUUUAAUAAACAUUAAGCGUAACGUU